AUGGGGAAGUCUUGGAUCACGCCAUUUAAGAAACAGUGCUUCGUGACACUAGGAGUCUCUUUGAACCUGUCGUCGCAUGGCUUGACGAUGGGAUUUGCAGCCAUAGCGCUGCCGCAGCUACGGAAACCAGACUCCAUCAUUCCCAUCGAUGACGUCACAGGAUCGUGGAUAUCCGCCAUCUUGGGAUUUGCCCUCAUCGUUGGUAACUUCAUCAUACCUACGGUUAUGGCAAAAUACGGACGUCGUACAGCAAACAUUCUAAGCAUAAUUACAAUGCUAGUGGGCUGGUUCUGCGUUAUCCUGGCAACAAACAUCAAAGUGUUCCUCAUCGGUAGAUUCUUGAAGGGAACUGCUAUGGGCAUGACUGCGUCUCUAGGGCCUGUUCUAAUAGGGGAAUACACCAGUCCCAAGAACAGAGGAGCCUUCUUAACCACCAUAUCAUUGUCAAUAGCUAUCGGUGUUCUAUUCGCCCACACCUUAGGAGCAUUCUUCUACUGGCAAGUCGCCGCUUUAGUUAUAGCCGUAGUCAUGUUCUUCGACCUGGUCAUCGUUCUAUAUUCUCCGGAGACUCCAGCUUGGUUAUCUGAUCAGGGCCGAUACGAAGAGAGCAGACGUGUUUUCAGAUGGUUGAGAGGAGAUUCGGAAGAGGAGGAAUUGCGACGUAUGAUCGAAACUAGUGUUAUUGUCAGGGAGGCCAAGGCUGAAAUUGUCGUCGCAGACACGUUCUCCAAAAGACUGAAAGCUAACAUAGUGUUCUUUAACACUACGAUACGUAAAAGAGAAUUCUACAAACCGAUAUUUAUAAUGAUUCAUAUGUAUACUUUGAGCCAGUGGGCUGGAGCAAAUAUCUUAGCAGCUUAUACCCUCGAUGUAUUCACCAAUGUUAUAGGAACAGAGGUGAACAUUUAUUUGAUGGUUAUAACUUUGGGUGCACAAAGGAUCAUCUCUAAUGGAAUCGCUGUGUGGAUCAUCAAGAAGGUGAAGAGGCGAACGAUGCUUUUUGCGACAGUUGGUUUGAACGUAUUCGCGUUCCUGGCUAUAGCUGCUUACAGCUACCUCAAAGUGCACAAUAUGCUACCGUACGACCAUCCUCUCAUUGGAAUCUUAUUAAUACACAUUCACAUGGUGACGAUCGCCACUGGAACGGUACCAUUACCCUUUAUAAUCGCAGGGGAACUCUUCCCCCUAGAUUACAGAAGUCUAGCUGGUAGCAUAAGUGUUUUCUUCCUGUCCGGAAACUUCUUCAUCAUUCUCAAGACUGUUCCAUAUUUGUUCAAGACCAUAGGAAUACACGGCGCUUAUGUGAUUUACGCUGCUAUUGUUGCGUACUGCCUGGUGAUAGAGUAUUUCUUCCUUCCUGAAACCAAGGAUAGGACGUUGCAAGACAUCGAAGACGAGUUCCGUGGACGGCCGUUGUCUCCGGAAGAAUUGAAGUCUACGCAGUCUUUGACAGCGUAUAAACACAAUCAAGAUAGGCGAUGCAGUAGUCCAGUUAUAUAG